UGGGACUUGCAAGGGGUCUUUUUGCACAUGUUUUGAAAAUGGCUGAAGGACAAGACUUACACCGAAUCAACAAACCCACGGGUUUUCAGGAGAUGAUGGAAUAUCUUGCAGCAAUGAACCCGAAUCUCAAGGAUGGGGAUGAUAAGAGCAAAGAAAAGGCAGCUGAAGAGUUUCUCAUGGAUCUAGGAGAACCGGAAAAAAUUCAAAAAGUUAUGGAAGAUUUUGAGAAGGCCUAUCCCGAUGCAGCAAAAGCUAUGCAAGCUGAGAAGGACAAGAUGGAGAGUGAGGCAAAUGAAGAAGGAAGAGAUGAGAAGAUUAUGGCCCUGCCAUUAGAUGACACUGUCUGGUGUAUAGGGGACUUGGAUGAUGAUGAUAAAGCAGCUAAACCAGAGCCUGGGCAGGAUUCACAACUGAGACUGGUGGGAGUAAUUGAUUCAGAGGGAAUGGUGAUCCAUAUGAACACAAAGUACAUUGUUGGAACCCCUAUGAAGGAACAUUUGUAUAAUGUUGCGUGUGCUGCCAUGUUAAAGCCCAUGGUUGGUCCUCCAAGACGACCACGCUUUGUCAUGAUGAGGAAUAAAGGAGCAGCUAAGAAUGCUACAGUAGAUCUGAGUAAGUUUGGUAUCCUGACAAUAGAUAAGGAUGACAAGUACUCUGCAGACCCCUUGAAACAGAAACUACCAGUUAUGAGAGAGUGUCUGGUGUGUCAUAGGCCAGCACAGAUGGAACUCCUUAGGAAAUGCUCUAAGUGUAAGACAGUGCUAUACUGUGGUGUAAAAUGCCAAAAGAAAGAUUGGAUACACAAGAAAGAUGUCCAUGGACACAAGGUCUGGUGUA